UUUUGCUUGCUGCCAGCGGGGAGGUGAAAGCUUGAGGAGAGGAAGAAGACCCAGCACGGGGGCUCUGGGACCACCUUGCUUCCACGUGGUCCCCCAAUUAUGGAGUCCGCAGCUGCCCUGCUUUGCCUGCUGCUUUGCACCCUACACCUCACAGCUGGAGCACCUGCAAAGCCGCGCUACGUGGUGCUCUUCCCCUCCGUGCUCUACUACCCGUACCCGGGCAAAGUGCACAUCCACCUCAUGGACCUGGAUGAGCCCGUGCGGGUGACCCUCCACCUGGCGAGCAGCCACAGCAUCCCCAACAUCACCCUGGAGGCGCAGGGCAGCGAUAUCCUCCAGCUGAACUGGCCCCGCUUCUCCAAUAUUUCUACCCCUCCUGCAGAAAUCCACGAGGUUGCGCAUCUUCACGUCUCCAUCCAGGGAGGUUCCCUGCAGGUCUCUGAGGAGAAGGAAGUACUGGUGAAAGCUCCGGAGCUGGGGACCUUCGUGCAGACAGACAAGAAUGUCUAUAAACCUGGACAAACUGUGAAGUUUCGAAUUGUCCGUUUGGAUCAAAACUUCAUUCCUAACAACAGGGAGCUUCCCUUGGUGGCCGUGCAGGAUCCCAGCGGGAACAGGGUGGCGGAGUGGCGGGAGGUGAGCCCGCGGCAGGGCAUCGUGGAUCUGUCCUUCCCGCUGGUGGCAGAGACGGCCCUGGGCACGUACAUCAUCGAGGUGGAAGGGAAGAGACACUACUUCAGCGUGAAGGACUACGGAGCGCCCCACUUUGAAGGGCUGAUCCGGCUGCCCCGUGUCGUGACGGUGAAGGAUGAGAAGAUCCCGCUGCACGUCUGCGGGCGGUACCCAUCCGGGAGAACUUUCCGGGGAAGGGCUGAGGGCAUGCUGUGCCACGACUACGACUAUAUUUUCCAGGAGGGAUCUGAGAGGAUCUGUGCUGAGUUCAAGGGCCAGACGAGGAGGAAUGGCUGCUUCUCCACCAAGGUGCCGCUGGCUUCCUUCAACCUGACCAGCUUCUACCAGGCUCAGCUCUACGCUCAUGCGUUGCUGCUGGAGGAAGGGACCGGGAUGUGGCGUUUAGCCAAUAAAAGCUGUAUGUUUGUGAGCGAAACGGCCAAAAUCACCUUCGAAAACAACGAUGAAUUCUACAAGUCUGGGAUUCCCUACACCGGGACGAUGCUGCUGAAGGGAACCAACAUCUCUGCCCUGAUGGGGAAGGAGUUCUUGCUUGUGGUUAACACUGGAAGAGGAACGCAGAGAAAAACCUUGCGCAUGGAUGGGUCGGGGAGAGCCUCCUUCCAGCUGGACACCUCUGGUUGGACUGAAGGGGUCUUCCUGCGCGGUGAGCUCAAGGAUGACCCUCCAGCCUUGGAGCACAAAGGCAAGAAGUAUCUCGAACACCCCAUGGCCAGUCUCUACCCUUUUUCCCUCUCGUCGAACUGCGAAAGUCUCCUGAGGAUCCGCAAGGUGGAAAAGAAGCUGCACUGCAGCCAGCCCCAGACGCUCUGGGUGGAUUACAUGUUUGAUGAGAAGGCCGUGGGGAUCAAGCUGCAGAGCACGGACGUGGUCUUCCUGGUCCUGGCCAAGGGGACCAUUGUCACCGUCCUCAGGAAGGAGCUGCCUGCAGGGGCUGGGCUGAGAGGCUCCUUCUCCCUGGAGCUGCCCAUCGGCCCCGAGCUGGCACCCAAGGCCAAGGUGCUGGGCUACGCGGUGCUGCCCAAUGGUGAGAUGGUGGCUCACAGCAUCGAGCUCAACGUGGCCAAGUGCUUCCCCAACAAGGUGAAUCUGUCCUUUUCGGAGCAGAGGGCUCUGGUGGGCUCACGGCUCCGUCUGAAGGUGCAGGCUGCCCCGGGGUCACUGUGCGCCAUCUACACCGUGGAUCAACGCAUGUGGUCCUCUGGUCUCAAGGACAAGCUCAAGCCCAGCACGGUCUUUAACUUAUUCCCGGUGUUUUCUGAAGACAGAUAUCCUUUUGAAGUUGAAAAAUCCAAUUCACCUCGCUGUUGGAUAAACAGGUUCAAAGACGAGGUAGCAAUGGCUCCACCCAUUAACUGUUAUGAUGCGCCAGGGAGUAGAUUGAAAGAUUGCUUCCGCAUCCUGUGGCGCAGGGAGGUACUGGAGCCUGUCAUCCAGCCGGACUCUGACAGCCUGGUGCAGAAUGCAGAUUUGAAAACUGUCACCAACACCCAGCUGGGGUCUGCACCGAGCAUCCAGUCACAAAGAUUUUCAUACUCCCAAGGAGCAGGAACGGAGAAGGAUGUCAUGGAGGAAGACACAGGGAUGCAGAUGGAUUUCUUCGCGACAUGGCUGUGGGAGCUGGUCCCUGUGGGGGAGGGAGGCUCCGCAGAGAUGGCAGUGACGGUGCCUGAUGCCAUUACCAAGUGGGAAGCCAGGAUGUUCUGCAUGUCCCCGUUGGGCUUGGGGAUGGCCCCUGCCACCACCCUCACGGCCUUCAAGCCCUUUCUCGUGGAGCUGGCACUGCCCUACGGCGUGGUCCACCAUGAAGCCUUCACCCUCGUGGCCACCGUCGUCAACUACCUGCGGCAGUGCCUGCAGGUUCAGGUGAUGCUGGCAGAGUCAGCAGAGCUGGAGGUGUUGGCGGACAUGGGCAAGGGGGCGUACAGAGGCUGUGUCUGCGCAGAUGAAGAGAGGACCUUCCAGUGGAGCGUGCGAGCCACUAGUCUGGGGGAGGUGAACGUCACCGUCGUCGCCAAGGCCCUGCACACCAAGAAGCUCUGCGGCACCGAGGUGCCCGUGGUGCCAGCCCAGGGGCACGUGGACACUGAGACAAAACUCCUGAGGGUGCAGCCUCCAGAACUGAUGAAUUAUGUGGUCACGUCCCCAGCUGUGUUCUACCACCCACACACAGCGAUGCUGUGGGUGCAUCUCAGUGGCCUCCAUGAGCCCGUCCAGGUGACCAUCCAGUUGCAGAGAGCAGAUGGGACCCAUAACAUCACCCUGCUGGAGAGGAAGGUCCAGGAGCCUCAUCUGUACCUGAACGUCACCUUCCCUGCUCCAGCCCCCGCCAAAGGGAAGGAGGAAAUCGUAGACCUGCACGUCUCAAUCCAGGGAGAUUCCUUGGAUGUCUCCGAGAAGAAGAAGGUGAUGCUGAGAGCCCUGGAGCCUGGGAUCUUCAUACAGACAGACAAGGCUGUCUACAAGCCUGGACAGCAAGUGAAGUUUCGAAUUGUCUCUUUGGAUAAAGACUUCGCUCCCAGCGAUAAGAAGCUGCCCCUUGUGAUCCUGAAGGAUCCCAGCCAGAACCGCAUCGCGCAGUGGCGGAAGGUGAGCCCGCGGCAGGGCAUCGUGGACCUGUCCCUCCCGCUGGCGGCAGAGCCGGCCCUGGGCACGUAUAUCAUCGAGGUGGAGGGGAAGAGACACUACUUCAGCGUGGAGGAAUAUGUGCUGCCCAAGUUUGAGGUGACCAUUGAUCUCCCCACCGUGGUGCUGGAGAAGGAUAAGAAGAUCCAGGUGGAGAUUUGCGGACGGUACACCUACGGGAAGCCUGUCCAGGGCAAGGUCCAGGCCAGCUUGUGCCAGCACAUCGGGAUCUGGUACAGUCCUUUCGUACAGACCCAGAGCUGCAUCGAGGUUAGCGGGCAGACUGAGAAGAAUGGCUGCUUUUCAACAGAGGUUUUGUUGGCUGCCUUCAACCUGACCAGCUUCAUGUAUGGGAAGAAAUUCCAAGUCCAGGCAUCGCUGGUGGAAGAUGGGACAGGGCUGGAGCAAAAAAACACUAAAAGCUGCGAGAUUUUACCCGAAAUCUUUACUGUCACCUUUGAAAACAACGACGAUUUCUACAAGCCCGGCAUCCCCUACACUGGGACGCCCAACCUGGGGCAUCUCCCCUUCCAUCUUCAGAUGCUGCUGACUAGAGCCGAUGGCGCCGUGAUGCCGCAGAAGCAGCUCUUGCUCAUCGUUCACCAGCAAGGAAAAGAUAAGAGUCAGACUUUCCUGACAGACAGAUCGGGGAGAGUCUUCUUCGAGCUGGAGACCUCUGGUUGGAGCGGCAUGGUCACCCUGCAUGCUCAAGUCAACGAGACAGCUCACAGCCAGAACGAUGGCACCUACCAAGAUGCCUACGCAUACCUCAGCCCCUUCUUUUCAGCGAGCAGGAGCUUCCUGCAGAUCCACCGGCUGGAGAGCGAGCUGCCCUGCGGCCAGCCCCAGCAGCUCUGGGUGGACUACAUCUUCAUCAAGAAGGCCUUGGGGACUGAGACAGAGAACCUGGACGUGGUCUUCCUGGUCCUGGCCAAGGGGACCAUUGUCACCAUCCUCAGGAAGGAGCUGCCUGCAGGGGCUGGGCUGAGAGGCUCCUUCUCCCUGGAGCUGCCCAUCGGCCCCGAGCUGGCACCCAAGGCCAAGGUGCUGGGCUACACGGUGCUGCCCAAUGGUGAGAUGGUGGCUCACAGCAUCGAGCUCAACGUGGCCAAGUGCUUCCCCAACAAGGUGAAGAUGGCUUUUUCGGAGGACAGGGCUCUGCCCGGCUCAGCGCUGCGGCUGGAGAUGGUGGCUGCCCCGGGGUCCCUGUGUGCCGUCCGUGCCGUGGACCGCAGUGUGCUGCUCUUGAAACCCGAGGCUGAGCUCAACACAGAGGUGCCCUGUGACUAUUUACUUCUGGGAUGGGGAUACUCCUCCUGCUGCGUUUCGGACAUGGACAACCUCUUUUCUUUUUCACAGAAUGCAGCACUGAAACUUUUCACCAAUGCCAACACCAGUGAUGUUUGCAAAAAGACGUUCGGCAUGCCUGGGAUAGUGGGUCUCCAAGGUCCCAGAGUUGCCCUUCAUUCCCAAGACCACCAUUUACGGAUAGAAACUCAUGCCAGAGAAGUAACGGGCCAUAGUGGUAUCCCAGUCCCUGUCCAGGAAGAGCAACCGGCACCCCGGACGUACUUCCCAGAGACGUGGCUGUGGGACCUGGUCCCUGUGGGGGAGGGAGGCUCCGCAGAGAUGGCAGUGACGGUGCCUGAUGCCAUUACCAAGUGGGAAGCCGGGAUGUUCUGCAUGUCCCCGUUGGGCUUGGGGAUGGCCCCUGCCACCACCCUCACGGCCUUCAAACCCUUCUUCGUGGAGCUGGCACUGCCCUACGCCGUGGUCCGCCACGAAGUCUUCACCCUCGUGGCCACCGUCUUCAACUACCUGCGGCAGUGCCUGCGGGUUCAGGUGACGCUGGCGGAGUCAGCAGAGCUGGAGGUGUCGGCGAGCGCGGACGAGGUGUACAGCGGUUGCAUCUGUGCAGAUGAAGCGAGGACCUUCCGAUGGGGCGUGCGAGCCACCAACCUGGGGCAGGUGAACAUCACUGUCAGCACCGAGGCCCUGAGCUCCAAGGAGCUCUGUGGCAACGAGAUGCCCGUGGUGCCAGCCCAGGGGCGUGUGGACACCGUGAUAAAGCCCUUGCUGGUGCAGCCCGGGGGGAUCCUGGUGGAGAAGGCGCACAACUCCCUGCUCUGCCAGGAAGCCGAUGAAGAAAUCUCCCUGGAGAUUCCUGCAAACAUCUUGGAGGGCUCCCAGCGAGCCCACGUCACCGUGAUGGGUGACAUCUUGGGCAACGCUCUGCAGAACCUGGACAGCCUCCUGGCCAUGCCCUACGGCUGCGGGGAGCAGAACAUGGUCCGCUUCGCCCCCAACAUCUACAUCCAGCAGUACCUGGAGAAGAGCGGGCAGCUGCGCCCCGACAUCCGCGCCAAGGCGCAGGGCUUCCUGCAGAGCGGGUACCAGCGAGAGCUGCUCUACAAACAUGACGACGGCUCUUACAGCGCUUUCGGGAAGAGCGAUUCCAGCGGCAAUACCUGGCUGACGGCGUUUGUCCUCAAGUCCUUUGGGCAAGCCCGAGCCUACGUGGCCAUUGAGGAGCGGCACAUCACGGACGCGCUGCGCUGGCUGCAGAAGCAGCAGCAGAAGACGGGCUGUUUCCGCAGCGUGGGGAAGCUCUUCAACAACGCCCUGCAGGGUGGCAUCUCAGAUGAGCUCUCGCUCUCGGCUUAUGUCACGGCUGCGAUGCUGGAGCUGGGGCUGUCCCCAACGGACCCAAUGGUGAGCUCAGCCCUGCGGUGCCUGGAGGUUUCGGCCGCGGAUGACCCCUACACGCAGGCGCUCCUCGCCUACGUUUUCGGGCUGGCGGGGCGCGGGGAGCAGCAGCAAGCCCAGCUGCAGAGCCUGGCCCAGCACAGCGUCAGCGCAGAGGGGCAGCUCUCCUGGCGGAGGCAGGGGAAGGCUCUGCCCUCCUCGCAGCCCUCCUGGGCCGCCGCCGCGCCGGCGGAGGUGGAGAUGACCGCCUACGUCCUGCUGGCCUACCUCUCCCAGCCCCAAGUGUCCUCUGACAACCUGGGGACCGCAUCCCAAAUCGUCCGCUGGCUCAGCAGGCAGCAAAACCCCUACGGGGGCUUCGCCUCCACGCAGGACACCGUGGUGGCCCUGCAAGCCCUGGCCAAGUAUGCCGCCCUGACGUACAGCAGCAACGGGGACUUCACAGUGACGGUGACGUCCCCGGCGGGCACCGCGCAGGACUUUGUGCUGCUCAACAGCACCCGGCUGGUGCUGCAGCGGGCGGCCCUGCAGGAGCUGCCGGGGACGUACCGGGUGCAAGCCCGCGGGCAGGGCUGCGCCCUGGUGCAGGCGACCCUGCGCUAUAACGUGCCACCCCCUCCGAGCACGGGGACUUUCGACCUCCACGUGGAGACGGAGCCCAGGGAGUGCAGGGGCGACGCCAGCACCCGUUUCCGCCUCCUCCUCCGGGCACGGUACACGGGGGAACGUCCCACCACCAACAUGGUUGUAAUCGAGGCCAAGCUGCCAUCUGGCUACAUCCCGGAGAAGAGCUCUGUGGUGGAGCUGAAGAGGCAGGAGCUGGUGAAGAAGGUGGAGGUGCAGCCCGACCAGGUGACGAUUUACCUGGACCAGCUGACCAAGGAGGAGAAGACCUUCGCCUUCACCGCCACGCAGGACUUCCCGGUGAGGAACCUCCAGCCGGCCGCCGUGACGCUGUACGACUACUACGAGACAGGUGACCGCACGGACGCUGCCUACAGUGCGCCCUGCAGCUCAGAGGCCGACGGUGAGCAGCAGGAAAACUUCUAGCACGGGCUGAAGCCUGGCAGCCGGCCCCCUCCGCUCGCCCCGAUUCCCUCAGCCACCGAGGACUGGGACAGCCCACGGUCUCUGCUCCCACCCUGGCCACGGCCCCGACCCUCCCCGGGGACAGAAGGUGGCCCCGAGGUGCUCGCAGCAGGGCACGGCUCGCUCUGGACUCAGCCACUUCUCCCCAGAGCGUAGCUCCCACCCCACCAGGACCCAACAGAGCCCCAGCCGCAGAUAUUUGACUUUGGUUGAGCAGCCAAGCGGUGGCUUUACAGGGACACCCCUGUGCACGGCCCCCGUGCCAUCCCGAGGAGCUCUGGGGCACCAGGACUGGCCUCUCCCCUCCCCACAGCGCUUGAACGGGACCAAGUCCUCCUCCCUCCUCCCAGACCAACUGUCCCUUCCCCAGCAGGUCCCCACCACCGCUCGCCCCGGCGUGCUCUCCCUGCGAAACAUGGUGCUACCCCAGCCCCCUCCCUGACACUAACAUAGUGCCCCCGUCACCAAAAGGGACCUGGCAACACCUCCCCGGUCCCACCAAAACAGAUUCAAGCACUUGUUGGAGAAGCCCCAGUCCGUCCCCCCCCCGCCAAGUCUAAAUAAAGACAUUUGCUCACGGAGGGGUUUUCUCUUGGUCUUUCUUUUGCUGGCCGGGUCCCACCCCAGUAGGGGGUUGCGCUGGCGGGGACGGGGUGGCUGCUGGGGACUUUGCUGGUCGGGGCAGGGGGGGUGGACAUCAGCCCCGCUGCUGCAGGGCAGGCCAGCCGCUCCUCGGCUCCUUUGCCAGAGAUAAAACGAGGUGGGCCGAGGUGGGU